AGCCUGAAACAACUGCUUCCUAAAAAUGGAGUUCCUAAUGACACAGAAGCCAGGCAGAGCUAUGUAAGGUAUCCAGGGGCUUGGCCUCACAGCUUCUCCUGUCUGUCUCUUUGUCUUGAGCCCAGGAUUGCAAAGUUUGCUGCUUCCCACUUGGCCUUGAAGAGCUGGACUGGUCAUUCGGAAGGCAGAGGAAACAUAAGCUCCAUUCGUUGUCUCUCUCCCCAGAUAAACAAGAAAAGGUUGGACACCCAUUGCCCCAAUGAAGGUGGCUUUCUGGCUUGUGGCAGGUUUGUACCUGCUUUUCUGCUGCAAGGCAGAAGAAGGACUGAAUUUCCCCACCUACGAUGGGAAGGAUCGGGUGAUUGACCUGAACGAGAAGAACUAUAAGCAGGCACUGAAGAAGUAUGACAUGCUCUGCCUGCUCUUCCAUGAGCCCACGGGUUCUGAUAAAGUCUCCCAGAAGCAGUUCCAGAUGACAGAGAUGGUUCUGGAGCUUGCAGCCCAGGUCCUGGAAGAUAAAGGGAUCGGCUUUGGGAUGGUAGAUUCCAAGAAAGAUGCAAAGCUUGCCAAAAAACUCGGUUUGGUUGAAGAAGGAAGCCUCUAUAUCUUUAAGGAGGAGCGUUUGAUUGAGUUUGAUGGGGAGCUGGCCACAGAUGUCAUAGUGGAAUUCCUCCUGGAUCUGCUGGAGGACCCAGUGGAGAUCAUCAACAGCAAGCUGGAGCUCCAGGCCUUUGACCGCAUUGAGGAGGAAAUCAAACUCAUUGGCUACUUCAAAGGAGAAGACACUGAACAUUACAAGGCAUUUGAAGAAGCAGCUGAGCACUUCCAGCCAUAUGUAAAGUUCUUUGCUACCUUUGACAAAGGGGUUGCAAAGAAGCUUGGUCUGAAGCUGAAUGAAGUAGAUUUCUACGAGCCAUUUAUGGAUGAGCCAGUACAUGUCCCUGACAAACCUUACUCGGAAGAAGAACUAGUCGAAUUUGUGAACGAGCAUAAAAGAGCUACCCUGCGGAAGCUGCGUCCAGAAGACAUGUUCGAGACCUGGGAGGAUGACCUGGAUGGAAUCCACAUCGUGGCCUUCGCUGAAGAGGAUGACCCAGAUGGCUAUGAGUUCCUGGAGAUUCUGAAGCAAGUUGCCAAGGACAACACCAACAACCCUGACCUGAGCAUUGUGUGGAUUGACCCUGAUGACUUUCCUUUGCUUAUCACCUACUGGGAAAAGACCUUCAAGAUUGACCUAUUCAAGCCACAGAUUGGAGUGGUAAAUGUCACGGAUGCCGACAGCAUCUGGAUGGAAAUCAAGGAUGAUGAUGACCUGCCCACAGCUGAGGAGCUGGAAGACUGGAUAGAAGAUGUGCUUUCUGGGAAGAUAAACACUGAAGAUGAUGACGAUGUUGACGAUGAUGAUGAUGACGAUGACGACGACGAUGACAAUGAUGAUGAUGAUGAUGAUGAUUAGAUUUGACUCUGUAUGAUCUGAGUUCAGGAUGCUGACCCAUUCUCACUUGGGGCAGGUGGCUGUCCCCCAUGAGUAGCUGUCCCACCAACUAGGACAUCUAAAGACUCUUUCCAAGUAUCAUUGGACAUCGGUUUGCUCUUCCUUUCUUCCCUGACCCUGCUCUCAACCUCCUUGCCGAAACGCUUAUUGGCCUGAUUUUCAGCAGUGCCGAAUAACCACAGGGGAACGUCCACCACUGCCCCACCAAGCAGCAUGGUUAAGGUCACAGAAUCCUGAAAAUUCCACUGCAGGAGUUUAGUGCUACUUCAUGGACAGUGCCAUCAACAACAAGUUGUUUUUUGUUUAUUUUAUCCUGAUAAGUAUAACUUUUCAACUAUCCACAUCAUAAAGGAAAAGUCCCCUGGUACAGACCUAUGGAAAACACUCCCACCCAAACACAUGAAGCUUGCCCAGAUUUGAGAGUGGAUCAUUGCAAGCUCUAAGCUAAGGUGAGGUUGAGAAAAAAGUAGAACACCAGAUCUUCAGGCUCCUGAACUGCAUGAGUUCAGGUCUAGGUCUGAAUCCACACUCUGAGGCUCAGAUUCAGUGUGUCUGAUCUGAAACACUGGUGGCUUUCAACCCCAAAGCUUUGAAGUAGUCAUGAUCCAGAUCUAAACUCUACUACUCUGACCCAGCUGUGUCAUAGGUGGAACCAGAACACCAUAUAAGAGCUCCAUGUGGGAGAUUUGCACCUGGAUCUGAAUUCUGUGGGUCAAGUCUAUCUCAUUUUUCAAAUGAACUUUGACUGUGUUAUGGUUGUUGCACUGAGACAUAUUGGAAAUACGAUCUGAGAGCACAAACCCACCCAGUUACAAACCAAGAGAAACAUCCCUAGGGAAUCCAUCCCAUUCUGCAUGACUACAACUCAAGAGGUCCCUGCGUGACAUCUUUUUCCAUGAACAGUACGUUUUGGGCAGAAAGGUCAUUCCAGCUGUACCAGAUAUACUGGCUAGCUGGAUAAUCUUGAUAUGGCACCCUGCAGUGAAAGGAUUCAGGUUGUUUGGCCUUGAAUUAAUCAUGACUGAUUUUCAAAAUGAUAUUCCACUUAGAUGCAUUCAUGUAUUUUUGGUGCUAUGGGUUUAUCUUCUUUUUGCUGCCAACUCUAUGGGCCAGAAGAGCACUAGUUUUCAGUCCAGGGGUCACUCACAAUGAGAAGGUCCGUGUGACCAAGGUCCAGUGCUGCUAUCCAUGUGAAACCCGCAUGCUGGCCCAUUUGACAUCUUUAGGUCUCCCAGUUCCCCAUGCCCACAGAUUUCCAUUGUCCUAGUCUUAUUGGGUUCUAUGCAAGCACAACUCAUAGGCAGUCUAGGGAUACUUUUGCCCUUUUAUCUUCAGAUUGUUCUGUCUUGUUAGCUUAGUUUGGGUUUACUUCUAACCUUAUCAGAGAAACAGCCUGUGGUUCCGAUCUUACUUAUGCAAGAAGGAAUCCAGGGUAAUGAUUAAAAAUCUGUGAAAUUGAUAAGGUAGAAUUAAUGUAAGUGGGCUGAAAAUCAGAAAUCAGUGGCCACUGUAUUAAUGUAAAUUAGCCUAUGGGUUACUAAAUUGCCCUCUGUGUAGGUGAACUGCAAAGCAAAAAGUUACAUAUUGUGAAUUUGCCAAUGUGUGUGUGUAUAUUUACCCUUUCCUGCUUCUUCAUGUUGUAUAAAGACUGAUCCAAAGGUUUAAAAUGUAUCUGUUCAGGAGAGAAGGAGGGGAAGGAUUUUCUAUGUAUUUACAUCUGGAAUGUCGGGAUUUCAAAUUUCACUUCGCUUUCAAGGCUGAAAGGCUUGGGAAAACCUUUGUAGAUCCUACGGGAAAUGUCAUGUGAGGCUGUAACAUGAGUUGUGCCUCUCAUUGCUUGCUGGAUUGGGGUGGAGAGGUUACAUUUUAGUCCUUCUCUGUCAGCUGAAGGGAGGGAUACUGCAGCUCUGUCUGCAACUACCAGCAAUCUUCUUGUUCAGGUUCUGCAGAGUUCUGCCUGAGGUCCUCAAGCACAAGAAAUGAGGACCUGAGGAUAUGGACAGACAAACAAAUUGUAGCACGUUAAAAGGACUCACUCACUGCAUGUCAGCUGCUGUGCUGUAGCUGUUUUGUGCAUCUGCUUCUCUCCCAUGGUAAGCGAAAGCUAAAGCAGGCAAGUUUAGCCUUGAAUGAAAGAGGGCUGAGUUACCAAAGUUUAGCUCCCAGCUACUGCAGGGUAGGAGCAGACACAUGAAAGUUACCACAGAGUAGAUAUGUAGUACCCCACUUUUACCUCACUGUAAUUUCUUCAUCUCUUUGAGGCACCAAAUAUUUAAAAAAAAACACCCAAAAACUGUUUUUGCAUCUGAAGCCAGCUUUCUGCAUUCUAAGUAUAGGAAACAGCAAUGCCAACAUUUUUCAGCUUUUCCUCUUCAUUUGCUAUUAAGGGACAAAUCCUUCUUAUGUUGCUCAUGAAGAAGACUAUAUAUUUGCCUUUAACAAUUCUCAUGAGUAAGAUAAGUGGGAAUCCACACUUCACAGUUGAUCUGUUCGCCUUAUAGUUUACAAGGAUCAUAAGCAUUUUUGUACUCACAGGUCAUUGUAUUAACUGCAGCUCCCAAGGAUUAGCCUGGUUAUAAAACAUAUUUUAGUCACAUAGAAACUGCUUGCAUCUUUCUGCAGUUAUGAAGUGCUCUCAUGAGCUGUUGAGGGAUACAGGCUACAAUUCCUUACAAUGGUCUGAAUUGGCCCAUGGAAGCAUUUUAGAAUCCCAGAGAGGGAAGGCUCCUGAAUGAAUAUAUUAUUAAGCACAGGCACAAAUGGGCAAUUUUGAAGUGAAAUUAAUUUUGGUAAACAGGAAGAAUAAAGGAGUUCGUUAUUUGAACCGGGCUGAAGCCAUUGCCACUGUAACAGGCAAUGCCCGCUAGCUUCCUCUCUUCCAACCCUUUUCUACUCUAAGGAUUGGUCUACAUAAAGGUGAUUUGCAGCUGGCAGUGUAUGGCAAGGGAAGUUCCAAGGUACUCUUACACUAAUACAAAGGCAUUUUAUAGCAACAAAGGCAUUUUUCCCUUCUUCUGGAAAAAAGGGCACUUCAGUUUUCCUCCUGUUCUUGCAGAGGUCAGUAAUGGUGACUGGUCAGAUGGGUUUCAGUGCUUUGUAAAUUGGAACAUAAAGCUUUUGCUUUAUAUUAUAAAAUAAAAGGCUAAUUCUGCAAGUGUACUCCCCAUUGUCCAUGCAAUUAAUGGGGUUUUUUUGUACUAUCCUUUCCUCCCCGCUCCCAAUUUCCCUAAUGUGGCUUCUCCAGUUCUCUUCACCCAUGGAUCAGAUCUUUUAAACUUUAAUUAAAGAGCUGAAGAUGUUUAA